AUGGCUUUCUUCGGAUUAACUUUUCUAGGUCUUCAGGAUCCCUUUCGUGAUAAAAAAAUAUCAUUACCAAAAUAUGAAAUGCCAGUGGGAACAAUCCCUCCCAAAUUGGAACUUUUCUACCCAAAGCUCCCACCCAUAGGACAAUUUGGAUAUGGUGAUGACACUGAACACCAGGGCAGCCAUGAGAAAUAUCAAGAGGCUAUCAGACGGAAACGGCUCAAGAAAUACCCCAAUCAAGAAUACAGGGUAUCACUAACUUGUGGACAAGAUAUUGGUUGGUGGCAGCCUAAAAAUCUAUCAAUCAAGCCAGAAGAUACAUUACCUUGGAUAAAGGUGACAAGGCAUCCACAGGUGCGGAGCCCCAUGACCAAGUUUAUAGACUACAUGGCAGUCACUGAUCCUCUCUUCAGCCUGUUCUGAGUCCAGGUUCCUGAAGCCUAAGAAGAAGCAGGAGAGCCCCUUGACCGGGAUAAUAUGUGGAAUUGUCGAGUUUGUUCCCUCUCUGUCUCUCCUGCAAGAGGCGGAGACUUUUGUGUGUGUUUGUUUUCAAUAAAUCCAGAGCAGAACACAAUCCAGCCUCGGUCCAGAAGGAGAGUUGCAUUAGAAAAACAUUUUCAUUUACACAGUAGUAGCAUGUCACUCAUUACAGCAAUAUUCCUUGCUUAUUUAUCAAACUUAUGCCCCCAUUGCAGUCUGAUGAUUUUCAGUGGUUUACAAUGUGUACAAUGUGGAAUAACACUUAAAUAUUCAUGAUGGCUG